UAACUUAAUAAAUCACACACACUUCUACACACAGUCAAGCAAAUCCCGCGGCGGCAAUGGCGGAGGAAGGCGGCGGCGAGGAGUACCUCUUCAAGAUAGUCGUGAUCGGAGAUUCAGCCGUGGGGAAAUCCAACCUGCUCUCGCGCUUCGCCAGGGACGAGUUCGACCACAACUCCAAAGGCACCAUUGGAGUCGAGUUCCAGACGCAGGUCGUCCAGGUCGACGGCAAGGAGGUCAAGGCGCAGGUCUGGGACAGCGCCGGCCAGGAGCGCUUCCGCGCCGUCACCUCCGCCUACUACCGCGGCGCCGUCGGCGCUCUCAUUGUCUACGAUAUCACCAGGAAGACCACUUUCGAAAGCACCAAACGCUGGCUCGAUGAGCUCAAUACUCACUGUGACACUGCAGUGGCAAGGAUGCUAGUGGGGAACAAGUGCGAUUUGGAUGACAUCAGGGAGGUGAGUGUGGAGGAGGGGAAGAGCCUUGCUGAAAAAGAAGGCUUGUUCUUUAUAGAGACCUCUGCCCUCGAUGCCACCAAUGUGAUGAAGGCGUUUGAGAUUGUCAUACAUGAGAUCUAUGACAAGGUUAGCCGCAAGAUACUCAGCUCGGACUCAUACAAGGCCGACCUCUCGGUUAACCGGGUCAGCCUGGCCAACGGGGUUGACUUGUCGAAGCAGAACAACGAAGUGGUGUCUUGCUGCUCGAAAUGA